GCUGUUCCGGAUGGAAGCGUCUCCCUCCCGCCAUUCUUCUGAUCCUCUUAUCGACUAGCAGGCGGCCAAGAUGGAUGUUGUGAAUCAGUUGGUGGCCACCGGGCAGUUCACCAUAAUCAAACAGCCUUUGGGAUUUAUGAAAAUCCUGCAAUGGAUAUUUGCUAUCUUUGCUUUCUCGACAUGUGGCAGCUACUCUGGCAUGUUCAAGAUGAGUGUGGAAUGUAAAAACCGUUCCGAGAGUGACCUGAGCAUUGAGGUGGAAUUUGAGUAUCCAUUCAGGCUACAUCAGGUGUACUUCGAUGCCCCAACCUGUAAGGGAGGAGCCCCUGAGCGUCUCUUCCUGAUUGGAAACUACUCCUCCUCGGCUGAGUUCUUUGUAACCAUCGGUGUCUUCUCCUUCCUCUAUUCCAUGGCAGCCCUUUCCGUGUACGUCUUUAUUCUGGAAAAAUACCGUGAAGGCUGCAAGGGAGCACAGAUUGACUUCGCCGUGACCUGUGUGUUCACCUUCUUCUGGCUAGUGGCUUCUUCUGCCUGGGCUAAGGGUCUGUCAGAUGUAAAGGCAGCCACCGACCCUGACAAGGUCAUCUUAUUGAUAGAGGCUUGUGACGAACCAGAGAACCGCUGCCGGGAAAUCCACGAACCCGUGGUCUCUGGUCUCAACACAUCUGUGGCAUUCGGCUUCCUGAACCUGGUCCUGUGGGCGGGGAACCUGUGGUUUGUGUUCAAGGAGACUGGCUGGCUGGCGGCCUUCGGAGGCACGUACGCACCCUCCCAGGAGAAAGCCCCUGCCCCGGAGUCCUUUGGCCAAGACGGCUAUGGGCAAGAAGGUUACGCACAGCAGGGAGAUGCCUAUGCCGGCACCCAGGGAGGCUACCAGCCCGACUAUGGCCAGGGCGGCUACACCGAGGGAGACUACCAGCAGGGUGGAUAUGAACAGCAGCCCACCUCCUACUCCAAUCAGAUGUGAGCUGGUCCACGCUAUGGCGACUGGAAUCUUGGCAGCCAUAUGAUUUGACAGUGUGGUGCCCGAUUACCAAUCACAAUUCCACACUCCUCUGUUUGUCUGUUUGUGCAUCAGCGAGUUGACAAGCGGAGGGAGGGGGGGGUGAAGGGAUAGAGGACUGUAGGAUAGGAAGUUAGCAACACAGUGUCCCUGGGGAGAGGGGGAAUUUGGUGAGGGGGAAUUGGGUUGUUGCGUGUAAAAUGCUGUUGUUUAUUCUCGUGAUGUAUUUAACUGUAGAAGACAACCGGGGACUCUCCGUUUGAUCAUCCGAGGAAAAACUUGAAUACCAAAACAUGAAUUUUAAACUCUAUGAAAAUCAGUUAUAAGGGAAUAACACUUAAAUGAAAGACAAUAAUGGUAGUAAUAUUUAACUUGGGAGAAUGUAUUUGUCUGUGGUGUGUAAAUAUCAGCAUAUUCAUGUAUAAAUAUCUGUACACAGUUGAAUAAUUGUGCACUCCAUAUUAGUUGUUAUACAACAAAUGUAGAGCACAGAGUUAUUCAACUGUAUUUACUUCAGUUCUGUUUAGGAGCUCACAAAGUUCAACCCUCCUUGUUUUCUAAUAUUUAUGGUGUGUGUUUAUUCUAUUUGUUUCUGUCCUUUUUGAAAUGUUUCGUUAUAUCUUUUUAGUUAUGUUUGAGUUAUGUCUUUUCUAUUUUCUCAUUGUGCUUUUUUAUUUGUUUACCACUACUGAUUGAUUUUAAAGGAUAGAAGAGGCAAGAUGUGAUGGCAAAUGUGGAGCCAAAGAAGAAUUAUAAAUUCAGAGAGUACAGAAGAAUGAGAGAUGUAUUAUCAGGGGGUUUUAGUAGUGAUUCAUUUAAUAUUGGUGUCAUUCAUUCUAACUUGUGUUGUCUUUUAUAAUUUUCCAUCAGAAUAUUAUAUAAGUAAUGGUAGGUUAUUUACAUUCCACAUAAUCUCUUAAAAGCUGAUAAGUAACAUGGCAAAAAUGCAUAUAGGAUAAUGAAAAAGUUAGGUAGCAUGGUUGCAAUUUAUAUUUUGCUAAAACAAUGCUGUUCUUAAAAGUUGCUGUAUGUAAUGUGCUAUCAACACCUAUUUAAAGAUGAUUUGAGGUUGUGAAUCAGGGAAUUUAAGGGUUGAUAAUGUUUUUAUUUAUUUGGAAUGUAAAGAUUAUAUAUCUGACAGAUUUGGUGCAGAACCUUGUACAGUUUCAAUCGCCUUUUUAUCUAGUCUAAAGAUGAGUCAUCAGACAGAAUUAGUCAUCAUGUUUAAUCUUAAUUUCUAUUGCUCAUCUGAUUAAAAUGCAUGAAUAUAUUUACAUUAACUAAAUUCCUGUGGCACAAAAUGUGCCAUUAUCAAGACCAUGCACAAGCCAUAGGAAGUAAGUACAAUAGUUUUUUUCAUAUUAAUAUAGGCCAAUUAAUAAACUUCUAGAUUAAAAAUGUAUUUUUAAAGAUAACACAUCUCCCCAUACCAGUACACUCUCAAAAUUGUAUCUAAGGUUUGAAGUCUAACUCAUAGAUAUAAAGUAACUGCCUUGUGAAAUUCUAACUUUUAAAAGGUUAUAUUGUGUAAACUCAUACCCAAGCAGUAAUGUUGAUUCAUUCCUACAAUAUAUUUGUGGCAUUAGCAUAUAUUAAAUGGGGAAAAAACUCAGACUUUUUGGAAAAGGCCUUGGAAUGUGAUAUAAUCUUCCAAGGAAAAUGAGCUGACCAAUCAGUGGUUUAGAGAAAAGCAAGUUGACAAAUUAAUAUUGUUUAUGGACUGUAUAGGACCACAGCAUUUUGGGGGUAUGUUCCAGACUAUUCUAACAUAGAAAAUACAUUAGAAGGAAAAUGGGAAGGAAAACAAUUUCAGUCAUAUUGAAAAGUAAUUAUUGGUCAUGUUUAAUAGACAUCUGGAAACAAUGUGCAGUUACUAAUUAAGCCUAGAACAUGUGGAAGGGAGAGCAAGUGGAAAAGAAGUGUAACAGCAUUGUAUGUAUUCCAACACUACUGUUAUUUGCUGCUUGGGGUUUAAGGCCGGGUGUCUCUGUAAAGCACUUUGUGACAACUGCUGUUGUAAAAAGGGCUUUAUAAAUACAUUUGAUCGAUUGAUUGAUAUGUAGUAGGAUGUAUGUUUGACCCAUAAGGUGACAAAACUGCUUUGCUAUAACUUACACAAGGCACAGGGGAGUACACAAGGUAAUGUAGGCAAGGAUUAUCUGCCAACUCCCUGUUUGGAUAGAAGAGAAACUAUACUGCCAAAUGGUAACAGUACUGGUUUGUCUCAAUCAUUUGGUUUUCUUCCACCGUUAUCAUCACAAUGAAAACUAACAUUGUUUUCCAUUCUUGUUAUUACAUUAUACAGUUUUGGAUCCAUUAAUCUUUUUUAUCCAUUUUUUAUUUGGUGAUGUGGAGGCACCUCACUGUUCUCCCCUCCACUGUGUUCUUUCUUUUUCUUUCUUCUCACAUUCUCUCUCUCUCUCUCUCUCUCUCUCUCUCUCUCUCUCUCUCUCUCUCUCUCUCUCUCUCUCUCUCUGUAAGCUCUUAUAAAUACGGUCAAUGAAAUAUGUAUACUCUGUUGUUAGUGGUGAAUGAUGUCUUGUGAUACUCUCUACGCCUUUGGAUAGUGCUGUGUUAUUCGUGUCUGAUGUAUUCUUAUUAGUAUUCAUGAUACUGACUAAGACAAUUCAAGGAAGAAAUAUCCAAGAUUGUCCAGAAUUCUAUUGUAUUCUAAUUCUAUGGAAUCCAAGUGAAACGAAAUCAAAUAAACUUGAAAUUAUUCUGUUGAUGGUUAAA